AUGAUAACAAAUAGUCAUUGUGAAAUCAUCUCAUCACCACCUCCGAAACAUUGGUUACAACAUGCGAGCGUUCCUCAUGCAAAUCGUCAGGAAAAUUUUUACUUCUAUCUCAAGCAAUCAAAUAAUCAUCAAUUGAACUAUCACCUUCAUAUACGCGGAAAUCCUGAUCAUCGUCUUUAUCAUCGAACAUCUUGGUUAACACUUGAUCAGCUAACGGAAAUCGUUCGACCCGAUUCGACUUCUAUUCAACGUUUGUAUCAUUUCCUUUGGAGUCAUAAGAUUAAUCUAAAUCAAUGUCGUCAUAGUCACGAUGGAGCAAUUCUAGUUUGUCCAAUUUUAUUAUCUAAAGCUAAUGAAAUGUUAUCUGCAAAUUAUCAAAACUAUCGUCAUACCGUCAAGAAUAUAAAUGUAACUCGAACACUGUCAUUUCGCUUACCACAGUUUCUCUCGAAUCAUAUCGUAGCUAUUACGCCUACAACGGUAUUUCCUGAUUUAUCAGUAUUUACUAGUUCAAAACCAUCAACGCAUAUUCGAAGGAAACGACUAAGUCAGUUUUGUUCUUGCGAACAGUACAUUUCACCGUGUUAUUUACGAAAUCAAUACGAUAUUUAUCAGUAUCGCGCUCAUCCAUUCACUAAUGUCACAUUAAGUAUUAUUGGAUUAGCAAACCAAUAUAUCAAUGACGAUGAUAACGAUCUUUUUUUAACAUCAAUCGAUGAAAGUGAAGAAGUGAUUAAACCCAAAGUAAACAUUCUGGGUUAUAACGACCCAUCAAAACCAGGUCGAGAAGCGUCUCUUGAUGUUCAAUAUGCAUUAGCUAUAGCACGUGGUGUCAAAAUUGUUUUCUGCUCUAUAUCUGAUACAAACGAUCCAUUUUCCGAUUUUCUAUUUCAACUUGCUAAUAUGCAAUCUCCUCCUGAUGUUAUUUCAAUUUCUUACGGAUUUUUGGAGACACUUAACGACUAUUCAUCAUUUCAAAAAGCAAUUAAUCUAGAAUUACAGAAGGCAACUGCGAGAGGUGUCAGUAUUAUUGCUGCAACAGGAGAUAACGGUGUUGGACGAGAUUCAAUUCAUGCUUGUAGCUCAUAUCACAUAAAUUUUCCGGCUUCAUCUCCAUGGGUGACUGCCGUUGGAGGCACAAUGGGGUGUUUUGAACAAGCAGCAUUCUUUUCAAGCGGCGGUUUCAGUUCGUUCGACUCGCAACCGACCUACCAAAUUGAUGCUGUUUCACAAUAUCUGAAAUGUAACCGUCAAGUAUUACCGCGACCUCAUCUAUUUAAAAGUCGCGGACGAGCAGUACCAGAUGUAGCCUUACAUGCAGCAAACUAUUUGAAUAUUGUCAAUGGUGUCAUUCAAUCUACGACGGGUACUUCGGCAGCAGCGCCAGUAUUUGCAUCUAUGAUUGCUUUGAUAAAUGAUUAUCAGCUUCGACAUAAUCGCAAAAGACUUGGCUUUCUCAAUCCGCUGCUGUAUCGAUACGCAUCUGACCUAUUCAAUGACAUUACCACUGGCUAUAACACGGGCUGUAAUACAACUGGGUUUUAUGCAAGUUCGGGUUGGGACCCGCUUGUUCCAAUCGGCAACGAUUUGUGUAAAACGAUGAUGAUGAUGAUGACUUCGUCAUGCACUUGGAUCGGUCUUGGGAUUAUCUUGAUUGGCUCAAUUGGUAAUUGGUUAUGUAUUUGUGUGUUUUUUCGAAAACGUUUUCGUUCGUCGAUGUUAACGCCCUUUUUUGUUGCUUUGCUCAUUGCUGAUUGCAUUUAUUUGACAUUCCGAGUUAUCAAACUGUUAUAUUAUCAACAAACAUUGUUUCAAAAUUUCUUCUCGAUGCUCUCAUGUUCAUCAAGUUUAUUAAUACAAAUCUACGCUUAUUUUGCUCGGCAUGCUCCACAAAUCUUCGUGCCGUUAUGCCAUUAUGAAUUUUACAUACGGUUUUCACUUAUACUGAUGUCCUUUCUAGCUGUACAACGCGCGUACGAUAUGUUUCAUUCAUCUUAUCGUCUUAUGCAUAAAAGUAUAGCAACACAAACGUUCUCCUACAUGUUAAUUGUUUCUGCGUUAAUUGUCGCAUAUGCAUUCGAAUUUUUCGGUUUAAGUAUUUUUUGUUCGAAUGAACUCAGUGCUCAAACAGCCUAUCAAUGGUACGAUUACAUACGAACUAAUCUCACCAAUGAAAUGGAACAUUUAGUCGUAUUCAUCAAGAACAAUUCUGGAAAUCAAAGUGAAAUCGAUUGUCUUUUACAGAACGACACAAAUUGUUCACGCGAACAACAAAUGGAAACAGUUCGACAUUAUUUCGAUAUGCACCAACGUCCGAUUGUUUAUCUAAUUCAUAAAUAUCAAUUAUCAACCAUCGGCAAAAAAAUGGCACGUAACGAACUUCGUCUCAAGUAUCACUAUCACACGUGUCCAUUCCGUAUGCAAUCGGAAUUGUUUAUCGACACCUAUGAUCUCCUGUAUUCACGUACAUUUGGCUUUAAUCGCUACACAAUUAUACUUGUGAUGGGAAGUAUUUUUCCGUCAAUUGCGACUAUACUCGGCAAUGCUAUAUCUUUACAGUGUAUCAUCGCAAUUCGUAGUUCGGUUGUCGAACAGACACGUGCAUCGCGUCGACGAACCGACGAAACUCGUCGUGUGAUCAUCAUUAUAACCAUUGAAUGUUUAUUAGCUGUAAUUAAUUCUUGGUUUGUUGAUAGUAUAUUAAUUAUGAAUUAUUGUCGUCGGUCGCUAGCUAUAGGCGAUGAUUGUCCAGACUUUUUACGUCGUUCUCAAACGUUUCUGUUUCUUUGUGAUUUUCUUAACUCAACAUCAAAUAUUAUUCUUCAUUGUUUCGCUGGGAGACGUUUUCGUCAUGAACUAAAACGCAUGUUACAGGCAUGGAUAAAUACAAUUCGAAAGCGUAUACCUUGUUAUUGUUACAUUCAAUGGAAGAAAUGCAGUAAACCACCGAAAACUUAUGAUGAUCAGUUUAUGCCACAUUCCGACUCAUCUACGCGCAAAUCAAAAGCUUUGAGGUAUCCUAUAGCGCAAACACAUGAAUUUAUCAAACUAAGAGUUGCCACAUAUCCAACAACUGUAUUAUAA